AUGGCCCAGGGGGCAGUGAUCUGCUUGGACCUGGAGCGGCCCACUCAUGCUGUAUGUGUGCUGGGCACCGAGACUCGGGUAGACGUCUUCAGCUCUGCCCCUAAGGGUUGCACAUCCUUCAGUAUCACUGCUUCCCCAGAAGUGGUGGUGAAUGUUUCUCAUGUCCCUCCACUCAAGAAGAAUCCCACAGGUCCCUCCAAAUGGCCUCUGGACCCUAGGUUAGAGGUGACCAUAGAGAUGAAAGCCUCCAGCAGCAGCACAGGUGACCAGAAGGUUUGGAUUUCAUACUACGGACUCAAGUCUCAAUCUACCCGAGCUCUGCUCUACCUCACUGGAGUGGAAAUCUCCCUGCAUGCAGACAUCAACCGCACAGGCAAAGUAAAACCCACCAGAGCCAUGAACCACCAGAAGGCCUGGACCUGGGGCCCUCGCAAAUAUGGCGCCAUCCUGCUGGUGAACUGUGACAAAGAAAAAGCCAAAUCCUCCACCAUGGACUUCGAAUAUGAAGAGGUGCAAGACAGCAAAGACCUGAAGGACAUGUCCUUAAUGAUCUUGAACACACAGACUCCCAAAGACUUCUUCACCAAGUACCGACUGGUGCUCCAUGUGGCCAAAUCGGAGAUGGACAAAGUGCGAGUAUUUUAUGCCAAACGGGCCAAGUCACCUUCUAAGUACAUGGCUGUCCUGGGGCCCCAGCAGCCAUCUCACACCCUGAAGCUCCCCGGCGGCCAGCACAGUGCCACUUUCUAUGUGGAGGGCCUUGCUUUCCCAGAUGUCAACUUCCCAGGACUCAUUUCCCUUGGCAUCUCGCUGCUGGACACAUCUAAUCUGGAGAUGCCAGAACUGCUGGUUUUCCAAGAUAGUGUUACUUUCCGUGUGGCCCCGUGGAUCAUGACCCCCAACACCCAGCCCCCGAAGGAGGUGUACGUGUGCAGGAUUUUUGAAAAUGAGGACUUCCUGGAAUCAGUGACUGCUCUAGCCAAGAAAGCCAAGUGCAAACUGACCAUCUGCCCCGAGGAAGAGAAUAAAAACGACCAGUGGAUGCAGGAUGAAAUCGAGAUUGGAUACAUCCAAGCCCCCCAUAAAACGCUGCCGGUGGUCUUCGACUCCCCACGGAACAGAGGCCUGAAGGAUUUCCCCCUCAAGCGUUUGCUGGGUCCAGAUUUUGGCUACGUGACUCGAGGGUCCAAAGCAAACCUGAUCACCGGCCUCGACUCCUUUGGGAACCUGGAAGUGAGCCCCCCAGUCACUGUCGGGGAGAAGGAAUACCCACUCGGCAGGAUUCUCAUUGGGAGCAGCAGUUACCCCAGUCAGGACAGUCGGGAGAUGCACCAGGCCCUGCAGGACUUCCUCGUCGCCCAGCAGGUGCAGGCCCCUGUGAAGCUCUACUCUGAUUGGCUGGAUGUGGGCCAUGUGGACGAGUUCCUGAGCUUCGUGCCAGCGAAGGAUGGGAAGGGUUUCCGGUUGCUCUUGGCCAGCCCCAGGGCCUGCUACAAACUGUUCCAGGAGCUGGAGAAGGAGGGCCAUGGGGACGCACUGCUGUUUGAAGGGGUCAAGAGAAAAAACCAGCAGAAAGUGGAAAACAUUCUAUCAAACAAGAAAUUGAGAGAGCACAAUUCAUAUGUGGAGCGCUGUAUCAACUGGAACCGAGAGGUGCUGAAGCGGGAGCUAGGCCUGGAGGAGUGUGACAUCAUCGACAUCCCCCAGCUCUAUAAGCUGAGAGGCAACCAAGCGACCGCCAAGGCUGACGCCUUUUUCCCAAAUAUGGUGAACAUGCUGGUGCUGGGCAAGUACCUGGGCAUCCCCAAGCCCUUCGGACCCAUCAUCAAUGGCCGCUGCUGCCUGGAGGAGAAGGUGCGGUCCCUGCUGGAGCCGCUGGGCCUGCACUGCACCUUCAUUGACGACUUCACCCCGUACCACAUGCUGCACGGCGAGGUGCACUGUGGCACCAACGUGCGCCGGCAGCCCUUCUCCUUCAAGUGGUGGAACAUGGUGCUCUGA